AUGAGGCUCCGGCUAUUCUACACGGCGGUGACGAGCUUGGUAUUGACAGCCGAGAGCCGCACCUACCUGUCAUGGCUGGCAGAUACAUUUAUUGACCAGGGCGUGAAGCCUACUUUUGGCUACCAAGAGGCGACAUUAUAUCUCGGGAUCGAAAAGGCUUACGAGUACACUCAAGACGGCAAAUACCUCGACUGGUUGAAGAGGCAGAUUGACGACAACGUAGUGCAAGAGGACGGAAGCAUCAAAGGCUGGAAGAAGGACUCGUACGUCCUGGACAACUAUCGAAUGGGCAACCAGUAUCUUUACCUAUACAACGAGACGGCUGACCCCAAGUACAAGUUAGCAGCAUCAGUCGUACGCAAGCAGUUGAAUGGGCACCCACGAACGCCUUCGGGUGGGUUCUGGUACGUGUAG